CCCAAGGAAAAAUGGGAUGAUAGAGAUUGUAAAAAGCACAAUCUGGACAACGUUGCCAAAGCAGCCAUCUUCAAGACACUUGAUCCCAUCACCUUCUCCAAAAUCAAGCAUCUCAAGACUGCCAUGGAGAUAUGGCAAGGCCUUGGGAAACUGUGUGAGGGAUCAGAGGACUUGAGAAAGCAGAAGAUAGAAGUCCUGCUUGAGAAGUUCAAAGGCUUCAAAAUGCUUCCCGGAGAAACAUUUGAUAUGUUGGAUGAAAGAUUCCACAAAAUCUUGAAUGAUCUUGCCUCACUUAACCACGUUCUUUCUCCCAAAGAAAAGAAUGUAAGGUUACUGAGAUCACUUCCAACCGAGUGGUAUACCAAAGCCACAGCCAUGGAAGAAGGAAGAAACCUGGAAAACUACACUGUCCAAGGUCUUCUUGAUGAGCUCAGAACCUAUGAGCACGAGCUGAAGAAGAAGAAGGAAGAACAAGUCACUCCCUUCCCCACGGCACUGAUGACAACUCCAAGAGUCCCAUCAAGUGAAGGGAUAUGCCCAAGAAGCUGUGACACACCUUCCUCCAGCCAGCCGGCAAGCUCAAAAAUGGAGAACUACGAUGAGGAAUUUGCCAUGAUGGUCAAGCAAUUCCGGAAGUUUAAGAAGUUCUUCAAGAAGGCUGAUUCAAUCAGAAGGCCAACCAAGGGAAAGCCACAA